UGUUCGUUAGUGUUUUGUUUUGCGUGUUGGAAGCGGUGAGUAUGUGGCCGUGUGUAAUGUGAGUGUGCAGUGUAAUUUCAAAAGUGUUAACUGGUAGCCACAGAACUCAUAGAUAGAAACAACAGAUUUCAGUAAAUAUAGGGCACUGAAAUGAACUAUAACGCUUCAGCAGGAGCAAGACAUCCUGCAAGCAGGAAAAAACACUAUGUUAGUGACAGUUCUGUUACUAGCUCACCUGCACCGAACUAUCCACCACCAUACAAUCCGUAUGCUGCAAGUCCUCAAGGGCCAGUCCUGCAACCUGGUGUCAGUCCGUACAUUGACACAAGAGCUUCCCCUCCUCCAUAUGGGGCACCACCAGGUUACAGUCAGCGGCCCAGUUAUUCACCAAUGGAUGUGGAUCAAGGGUACUCUAUACCUAGCCAGUUUCUUAAUGAACCACUGGUUGCAAAUGUUGCUAUGCAAUAUGGGCAGGCAUUGGUUGGAUCAGGAAAGCAAAUUGUUGAUAGAGAGCUGGAGAAAUAUGUGCCUGUUACAAGACUGAAGUAUUAUUUUGCUGUAGACACAGCUUAUGUAACAAAGAAGCUUGGAUUGCUGUUAUUCCCCUUCUCACAUGGGGAUUGGUCUAUAAAAUACGAGCAUGAAGAACCAGUUGCACCAAGGUAUGAAGUUAAUGCUCCAGAUUUGUACAUACCAACUAUGGCAUACUUGACAUAUGUUGUUGUUGCUGGUUUGAUGCUGGGCACACAGAACAGGUUCAGUCCAGAAAUGAUUGGUAUUCAUGCAAGCUCUGCAUUGGCGUGGUUAGUUGUUGAGAUUGUGAUUGAGAUGAUAACACUUUAUGUAACCAGCAUACAAACAAAACUCAAAACUUUAGACCUGGUUGCAUUUGGAGGGUACAAGUAUGUUGGGAUGAUUUUUGCAAUGCUCCUCAGUUUGGUAUUUCAGAAAACAGGUUAUUAUGCUGGACUGCUAUAUUUUGGCUUAUCAUUGGCAUUUUUCUUGGUCCGUACUUUAAAGGUUCAAGUGCUACCUGAAGUAAAUGGACCUCAGCAUGAUCCAUAUAGGACCACAACAGGAAACAAACGAAGAAUAUAUUUUUUGUUAUUUAUGGCUGGUAUUCAGCCUGUAUUAAUGUGGUGGCUUUCUCAUCAUCUUGUUGCACCACCUGCUCCAAAACUGUAACACCCAUCUUUUUGAUCAGAAACAGCACUUCCAAAUAUUGUGUUUCUUGAUAAAUAACCAUGGCAGCAGGGGAAGGAAACAUAUUUAUUAUGUGAUGGCAAAGGAAGUGAAAAAAAUGAGUUGAAGGUGUGGCUGUGAUACUGAUAACAGAGUUGUGAGAAACAGCAGCUUGUGCAGUUCACUGUUAAUAAGCAACUUGUGUUUCCUGUAAAAUGUGUGCAAGUUGACAUUCGUUAAAUUUUGCUACAGUAUAUUACUAAGUUUCUGAAUACAGUGAUAAAAGAGAGUUAAUAUUCAGAUGAAACAAACAAAAUAACUAAAAGGGUGCUCAAAGAAAAUAUUAUUUAUGAAUUGGAGAAUACUGUCCUUGGUAUCUUCCUCUUGUGUAUAGGAGCACCAUUUGGAUUUUCUAGAGACAAUGUACAUCUGACAGCUUUUAUUUCGUCUAAUCUAGUGUUUAUAAAAUUUCUCAUUAUGUGCUGAAAGCAGCCCAAUUCAUAGCAGUAAAUAACUGAAUAAAAUGUACUUAGCCCUAAAAAUGCAUGUCAGAGUACCUAUUUUUGAAUACAGUUUUUAUGUAACUAAGGACACUUGAGCUAAAUACACGUAUAUGUGUUACUGCAAAGCAAUAACUUAUUAUGAUUGUCUUGUUAACAGGGGGCAGAUAAUUUGAGGAUAAAACAUUUUUUGAAAAAGAUUCAUUAUGCAACACAGUUUAAGUGACUAAUUUUAACAGUGUCUGCAGUUGCUAUUAGCUAAAAUUUUGUACUUGUUAGGUCAGUUAUAUGAAAAAUUAUUUUUGUAUACCAUUUUAGUGUGGUUACUUACAAACAUAAUGAGAAAGAACACUUCUUGUCCAACAAUUAUGUUUAUUUGUGUUCAGUUUCAAUAAAAGCAAGUACAUUUUCCAUUUUGAAUAAAAAGUAAAGAUACAAACCAA